GACUGAAAAUUUUCUAUUAAUGACAUCUGUUGAUAAUGAAAAAUAUAAUUGCCUUUUGCCAGAAACAGUAAUACUUAAUCAGGAUUCUGGAAAAUAUAAUUAUGAUGGGCCAACUGCAAAGCAAUUGUUGAGACCUCUUUUUACUCAGAUGGUAUUUUCUUAUAGAUUAGAACAUUUUUGGACAUAUGAAUUAUGUCACGGUAGAUUUUUAAGACAAUAUCAUGAAGAAAAUACUAUACAUGGAAGUUUUACGCAAGAAUAUAUACUUGGAUUAUAUGAUGUGAGAAAAUUAAAAGAAGAUUCAGAAGAUACAGAUGAACAGAAAUCUAAUCAAAUUGUGCCUAAUAUCAAAAUAAAUAGUCAAGAAACUCCCUACUUUGAAAUUAAUAUGACAGAUGGAACUGUAUGUGAUGUAAAUGGCCAACCUCGAUUUAGUAGAGUUCUUUAUGCUUGUGGUGAGAAAACACAUGAAAUAUAUUCUUUAAGAGAAGCAUCAAGUUGUGAAUAUGAAGUGAUUGUGUUAACAUCAUACCUAUGCAAACAUCCAGGUUACAGAAUCAAGAAAGUUAAGGCAAAUGAAAUUUAUUGUCAUUCUAUCAAUGGGUCACCAAAUAAGCCAAUACGCUUAUUAAACUUAGAAAAUGAGAACUAUGAAUUGUCCGAGGAAAACAAUAACCAUUUACCAGUUACUGAAACACCUAAUCAGAAACCACAGACUGAGAGCACACCCCAUGAUGAAAAAAUUAUUCAAGACUUUCUCAAUGGAGAUUAUUGUUUACAUGGUGGAUCUGGAUGGUGGAAAUAUGAAUUCUGUUAUGGAAAAAAAGUUGAACAGUAUCACGAGGAAAAAAAUAAACAGCGUACUGUUAUUCUCUUAGGAAGUUGGAAAGUAGGUCAUCAUCUUGAAUGGUUAAAAAAAAAUCCUUCAAAAAGACCCAAAGAAGGGUUAAUACCAAGACAAGUAUCUCAUUUCUAUAGUGAAGGAACAAUAUGUGAUAUUACAGGAAAACCUAGACAAACGGAAGUUAGAUUAAAAUGUAAAGAAAUUAAAGGCCACCCAGAUGUUGUUUCUCUAUAUUUGAAUGAACCAAAAUAUUGUGAAUAUGUUCUAGGAGUGGAAUCACCAAUAAUAUGUCCACUUUUAGAAACUGUUGACAGAGAUGGCUUAUUUCAUUCCAAAUCCUGAUGAUUGUUUUUCAAAACAUUAACACAAAUGUGGUUUUUCAUAAUGUGACAAUGACCAAGUUGCCAUUACUAUUUAAUUUGUAUAAAUGCAAAGAAGCAUAACUACCUUAUUCUGUGCAUUACUGGGAAUGAUGCUGUACAGAAUCUUAACUGUACUUACCACUAUUUUUUGAAAGAAAAUAUUUUAUCAUUUACUGUAAAUACUAUAUGGUAAAAAAAGAAAUUUGUGAUAGGUACUGUAUUAUAUGAUGUAUAUUUUU